GGAGACACAUCAGUUGUGAGAAGGCAGAUGCAGUUAGAUUGUCUACUGAGAGCAAAGAGGUUAAGUAUAUUUUGAGCAUGGCUUAUAAGAUGUUUCUGUUCUUAACAAUGGCAUCAAUGUGGAGUCUUCUCCUGCCUCUACUCUUCCUGGGACUGACAGCACCUCUUGGGAGCUCGGCACUGACUCGUGAAAAUUUCUUUGACCGCAUCGACCUGUGCAGCGGAACUCUUCCUGGCACUUCUUCUUUUCCCGACGUCAGCAAGUUUAGCUGUGCCAUGAAGUGCAGCGAAAGCGAGGCCUGCACAGCCUUCACCUUCACUGUCAGCAGCGGCACUUGUAACCUGCACUAUGAACUCGACUUGACCUCUCACCUGUGUGCAGCCUCUUCUGCCACGAUGUUGCAUUUUCAGAAGAAAUCGAGUAUCAUCUGUCUAAACGGAGGUCACGCAAUCGGUUCAGCGUGCAAAUGUUUCAACAGUUACGUCGGCAGCCAGUGUGAACGACUUGCAUUGGAUUGCAAAGAUAUAAUUUCGUCUGGAUACUAUGGUGACGCCUUGCCAGGUAUGUUCAGCAUCCAGCCAUCCCGGGCCACUACUCCAUUCCGUGUUCUUUGUAACCCUAAAGUUCAGCAAAUAAUUCUUGAUCGUUACUAUAACGUCCCGAGCUUCAACCGCAGCAUGACGGACUACGUGGCUGGCUUCGGAGAUGCGGUCAAUGACUUUUGGGUCGGCCUAGAAAAACUGCACUUAUUGACCUCCAGCAUGUCAUAUGUCCUAUGCGUACAGGUUUCAUUUGGCACCACAAAAUAUCAGCGCUACUAUACCAAAUUUGUGGUCCAAGGUGCUGGAAACGGUUAUUCUAUGUCAUUCGGCGGUCAGUACGACCCUUCUAGUGUCGCUCUCCCAAUGGGUGACUGUCUUACCCCAUUACAGAACGUUUCUUUCUCUACUUACGACGUCGACAACGACGGCAACGCCACCUAUAACUGCGCAGAAAACUACGGUGGUGGAUGGUGGUACAACCAACAGUGUAGUGACUGCAACCUCGUGGGUAAAGUUUCCAAGUCUGCGACUCGCGUGCCUGAAAGUGUGGACGAUGUCUUCUGGAACCCUGGGCUGAAUCGCACCGCGGCGCCUUCAUAUGUCAGCGUGUUUCUGUUCAGAUCCUAAAGAAAAACUAAUUGUGGAUAAGCAUGACGACGCUUUCAACGUUUGUCUCUAAAAAAUCCACUAUAUACUGUUUUCUUUGUAUGCAACUUACACAUAAAUCUGUGGUAGAACAUGCUUUAUUACGAGAUCGCUCCUUCUGUAUUAGAGAAUAUUUUGUCACUGUUUGGUCUCCGUAGAGCUCAACCACCCGAUAUUUAAAUACUUCAAAGAACUUUUAUAAAAUACUUUCUGAUUUUGAUUUUUGUAGGUAAUUGUUUUCACUCCCCUAGUAAAUUAUAUAUUAUAUUGCUGGUCUAUUUCUCGCUGCAAUGUUUAUGUAAAGGGAGAUAACUGCAAGUCUUUUGCUUGAGAAACACAUUUACUGAAAAUAAUUCCAUUAAACACCUUGAAAUCUCUAUCACAUCAAUGAUGCAUUUCAAGAGCAAGAUCAAUGCACAUGCAGAAGCUUUAGAUCGCUUUCGCAUAAAACCUUUGUCUGCAAAAGAAUCGUUUAUGGACCUUUAAAUAAUUAUGUUGACUAAAGAUAUGCACAAAAAGCUAUUGUAUUAUAUGUUUCCCUCUUGUUUACGGUCUAGUUGUUAGCGCACACCUCUUUGCAGUCUAGUGACGUUUGUAGUUUAACUUGAAUAUUUUAUUCAGAUAGAAGGUGUCAUCUGUUUCCAAAAUGUGCCGAAAUCUAGGCAAGCCAACGUUCCAGUAGAAGCAGUAAAUAAUAAAAAUAAGAGUUUAAGAGCUUUACAAACGCUUGAAAGUGAACCUACCAUGAGUUACUGCAAAGCUGGUCAAAUUAAAUAAAGUUCUGAAUUUCACUUUCCUUUCUGUAAUUGUGUACCACAAAAAAUUGACAUUGUAGGUGGAUGUGGAUCAUAUUUUACCUUUCUCAAACAAUUCCUCUUCAUCAUUUAAUUCCUAAAACAGAUAUAUCUUGGCGAUUAAUUUUUUUUUGAAGAAAUUAAAACUCUCAAGCUCUU